AACGGAGAACUUUAGCAAACAAUCGCAGAUAAACACACGGACCAGACCGGACCAGGGGCACUUCACCAAAUCACUUUCUCUCCUGCACCUGCACCUGCACCGCAGUCCGAGCACCCCGAGGAUGGAUGCCAUUUACAAGAGGAUCAACGGAGACUACGGAAAGGCCGGCGAUAACGGGAUCAAGGUCGAUACCAUGCGGAGGUCUUCUUACCUGGAGGAGGAGAGUUCCGGAAUGCUCUCCUGCAUCUUCUCCCUGAAGGAGGAGGUGGGAGCGCUGGCCAAGGCACUGCGCCUAUUCGAGGAGAAUGGUAUCAACCUGACCCAUAUCGAGUCUCGCCCGUCUCAUAUAAAGAAGGAGGAGUACGAGUUCUUCAUCAACGUGGACACCUCCUGUUCCCAGGCCCUGGACGAGGUCAUCGAUGGACUCCGGCUGGAGAUCAGCGGCCCAGUGCACGAGCUCUCACGCAACAAACAGAAGGACACCGUUCCGUGGUUCCCUCAUGAGAUCCAGGACCUCGAUCGCUUCGCCAACCAGAUCCUGAGCUACGGCUCCGAGCUCGACUCAGACCAUCCUGGCUUCACUGAUCAGCUGUACAGAGCUCGCCGGAAGGAGUUCGCAGACAUCGCCUACAACUACAGACAUGGGCAGGUCAUCCCCCAUGUUCAGUAUACUGCUGAGGAGAAGGCUACUUGGGGGACGGUGUUUCGGGAGCUGAAGACGCUGUACCCGACUCACGCCUGCCGCGAGCAUAACAGAGUCUUCCCCCUGCUGGAGAGAUACUGCGGCUACAGAGAGGACAACAUCCCACAGCUAGAGGACAUCUCCAAAUACCUACAGAGCUGUACCGGUUUCCGUCUGCGUCCGGUGGCAGGGCUGCUCUCCUCUCGUGACUUCCUGGCUGGUUUGGCCUUCAGAGUCUUCCAUUCCACCCAGUACAUCCGCCACGGGUCCAAACCCAUGUACACACCCGAACCUGAUAUCUGCCACGAGCUGCUGGGCCAUGUUCCUCUGUUUGCUGACCCCAACUUCGCCCAGUUCUCACAGGAAAUUGGCUUGGCCUCCCUGGGGGCUCCAGACGACUUCAUUGAGAAGUUAGCCACGGUGUACUGGUUCACUGUGGAGUUUGGCCUGUGUAAGCAGGGAUCAGACAUCAAGGCAUACGGAGCGGGACUUCUCUCAUCAUUUGGAGAACUACAGUACUGCCUGACUGAGAAGCCAAGGGUGUUGCCGUUUGAGCCUGAGAAGACGAGCCUCCAGAAGUAUCCAAUCACAGAGUUCCAGCCUGUAUACUUCGUCGCAGAGAGCUUUGAGGACGCCAAGGAGAAAGUCAGGAAGUUUGCGAGCACCAUCCCGCGGCCCUUCAGCGUGCGCUACAACGCCUACACCCAGAGCAUCGAGGUCCUGGACAGCGCUCAGCAGCUACGCAACCUCGCCAACAGCAUCACCAGUGACAUGGGGAUCUUGUGCAACGCCUUGCAUAAGAUGGAGAAGGACUAGGAUGAGGAUGAAGAGGAGGACGAGGAGGAUGAUGAUGGUGGUGGAGGAUGAUGAUGGUGGUGGAGGAUGACGUGGAUCUUUUGUUUGUAAAGAUGUGAUGAUGUGAGGAAGAGGAUGACGUGGAUCUUGUGAUGUGAUGUGUACUUUGAGGAGUAACGGAGAGUUCAUCUACCAAAAAAUAUGCAACUUUUACCACAUACAUACAGUAUCAUAUAUCUAGAAUAAUAAUCCAUGUAGGCCUAUAGUAUCAUGCUUCAGAACCCGCAGAAAAAAAUUAUCGCCUAUAUCAUUAUACUCCUAGGCUACUGAUCAUCUCACAAUGUAGCCUACUUUCUGUCAUGUAUCCAUAAUGUAGUAACAUCAGAGACGAUAUACAUUAAUAUUAGAAUUAAAGAAUCUUUGGUAACAUGCUUCAAAACUCGCAGGAAGACUUUAUAGCCUAUGUAUGCUCCUACUCCUACUGAUGGUCUCUCACAAUGUAGCCUACUUCUUACCAUGUAUCCCUUUGUAGAAACUCGUGUUGAUAUUGUAGUGUAGUGUUGAUAUUAUAAUGUUCUGUAUUAUUAUGUAGGCUAGUGUUAGUGUAGACUACGGAAAGCAAGAGGGGCAUUUCUUACUAUUUGUACAACGCUAUCAACGCACAAAAAUCUAUGUAAAUAAAUGUGUACUCAAUUACAUAGCCUAUAUACAAUUCAAUUUAAAAGUGUUCAUUUUUAUUUCAUUCAAUUAUUUGUUUAUCACAUUAUUAAUGUUAUCAUUUACUCAGAAAUUUGAAUUUAAAACGAAUUUGGCGUGCCUACCUUCCAGUAAGGCGCGAGGCGUCUGCUUGUGGUGGUGGUGGUGCAGCGGGGAUAAUGACGGUUAUUUCGCACACAAGAGGGACAGCAAUGGGCGCUAAUAACCACUUUAUUCAACACAUAAUCUCUAGUCCCUUUGAUCCUUUAGUAGCCUAAUACUCAAAGCACUGCAUUUAUUCUGUAGUAGCAUUUAAAGGAAAAUAAAACGCACAUAAACUGUGAAGAAACGCACAAAAAUGCUUUAGUGUUUAAUUCUGUUUAUUUCUAGCCUGUGUGAACGGGCGAUAUAAUAAUAGAUCAUUUGUGUUUUUUAUGUCUUAGAUGAAAUCAUUAUGUCUAGGUGUGAUAUAGAUAAAAUACGAUGAAUACUCUCUUUUUUUUCUUCGUAAUUAUUCUGCAAACUGAUGGAUGUUUGGAUUUGCAUGAAAUUUGUGACUGACUGAAUACAGAAUAAUAAUAAAAAAGAAAAGUUAUACCA